UCCAAUAUGCCUUCUAACAUACAAACAGACAGAAGGUCAGUCCUGAGUGCACCUAUUUCCGUAAUACCUGGAUUACAUACUACCACUUUAUUACCAUAACACCUGAAAGGGGGGGGGGGGACAAAAGUCUUGUUGUCUCCACUAUUCUGGCACCAGUGAGUGAAGGUCUAUUGGCCCACAGAGCACUAAGUGACCAGGAACGUUGUUGCCAUGAGAACCAUGGUCGCUCAAUCACCUUUUAAAAAGUGUCUGCCAGUCGACCUCUGCUCUGGCUGGAGGAGGUUCACGUCAACAGAGGAUCCUCCCUCUGCACUAUGGAGAACGAGACUUUCAAUUUAGAUAUUCUACAGCUGGAGGGGUUAAAGGUCAGCCCCGAGGCCUCCAUUCCCGCCUUCAUCCUCCUCCUCCUCAUCUACAUCUUCAUCAUGGUGUCCAACAUCGGCCUGGUAAUCCUGAUCUUAAUGGAGUCGAGCCUCCAUGAGCCCAUGUACCUGCUUUUCUGCAACAUGAGUAUUAACGAUGCAUUCGGUGCCACGACCAUCAUUCCCAGUGUACUGGGAUAUAUUUUUACACCUAUUGCACAGCGUUACAUUCACUAUUAUGAGUGUGUCAUUCAGGCCUUCUGUGCUCACUUUCAUGUAGCCAUCUCUCACACGGUACUCACUAUCAUGGCCUUCGAUCGCUACGUGGCCAUCUGCAACCCCCUGCGAUACGCCACCAUCAUGACCAAGCAGAUGGUGGUGUCGCUGUCGGUGGGGGCCUGGGGGACGGCUUUCUUUUUGGUUGCAAUCCUCGUGAGCCUCAGCGUCUGCCUAUCACGCUGCAGACGGGCUGUACACAACCCGUUCUGCGACAACGCCUCCUUGUUCAAGCUGUCCUGUGAAAAUGUUCUCAUCAACCACGUUUAUGGCCUCGGUACCGGCGUGGCCAUAAUGUGCGGCUCUCUUUCCAGUGUAACGCUUUCCUACUUGAGGAUCGCCAUGGUGUGUUUGAGUAGUAAGAACAAAGCUCUGAACAGCAAAGCGCUGCAGACCUGCGCCACCCACCUGGCUGUGUACAUCCUCCUGCUCUUUUCAGGCAACAUCAUCAUCAUCCUCCAUCGUUUCCCGAACUUAUCAGACCACAGGAAGGUAGCGUCUGUCUUGAUCCAUGUGGUUCCUCCUUCAGUGAACGCUAUUAUCUAUGGACUGCAAAUCAAAGCACUCAGAGAGAGAAUUGUUAUUGUAUUAACAGGGAAAAAAUGACUGUGACAUGCUGAGGUGAAACGACAAAAUGAAAUAAAUUGUAAAUACAU